AUGGCGCUGUUCUCUCUCGGGCGGGGCAAGAGCGUCCAGUUCGGUGUCACGAUCUGUUGUCUCGUGGCAUUCGUUCUCUUUGGCUAUGAUCAAGGGGUCUUGGGCGGUAUCCUGGAGAAUGAAGACUGGCAACGUCAGUUUGGCUACCCGAACGACACGGAAACUGGAAUCAUAGUAUCUUGUUAUAAUUUGGGCUGUCUGACAGGUUGUGUUAUCAACUUCUUCCUCGGAGACAAGCUGGGUCGCCGCAGAACUAUUUGGCUUGCCAUGGGCUUUGUUCUGGUUGGUGCGACCCUCCAAGCCAGCGCGUAUUCGGUCGCUCAUCUAGUCAUUGGACGCGUCGUCACCGGCUUCGGUACAGGAAUUAAGACUUCAACAGUUCCAAUGUACCAAUCGGAGCUUUGCAACCCCGAAGCCCGUGGUCGCCUGGUUUCCAGCGAAGUCCUUUUCGUCGGAGUCGGUAUCACGAUUGCGUAUUGGUUUGAUUUUGGUAUGUCGUUUGUUGGUGGUCAAGUGGCCUGGCGGCUGCCGAUUGCUUUUCAGCUGGUUUUCGCCAUUGGCGUUAUUAUCCUGGUCUUUGCACUUCCAGAGUCCCCCCGCUGGUUGUUGAUGAAGGGUCGCGACGAAGACGCCAUCAAUGUCUUGUGUCAAUUCCACGACAAGGAACCCUCAGACCCUUCCAUCCUUGCAGAGACCUCUUCCAUCCAGAAGGCCAUCGAACUCGAACUUUCGUCCAAUAAUGGUGACUCCUUCUUCAGCAUCUUCAAAAAGGACAACAUCGGUACCAGGUACCGUAUACUGCUUGCCUGGGGUGUCCAAUUCAUGAACCAGGCGGGCGGCAUUAACCUCGUCGUCUAUUAUAUCCCCUCUGUUCUAGUUCAGAAUGUCGGGAUGGACAAGCGGACGGCCCAGAUCCUCGGCGGUUGUAUCAACAUGAUGUUCAUGUUUGGUUCCAUCUUGCCUUCGUUCGCUCUCGAUCGUAUGGGCCGUCGGAAGACCAUGCUGUGGGGCUGCACGGGCCUGGGUGUAUGUAUGCUCAUGGUUGCCGCACUCCUGUCACAAGUCGGACACCUCAAUGGCCAUGCUUGUGCCUCCGCCGCAGUAGCCUUUUUCUUCCUAUACAUGUUGAUCUUCGGGAUGAGCGUCAACUGUGUUCCUUGGGUCUAUGUCCCGGAGAUUCUCCCUCUUGAGGCCCGUACUCGGGGGACAGCUAUUGGUGUCAGCUCCAACUGGCUCUGGAAUUUCACCGUGGUCAUGAUCACGCCAGUCAUUAUCAACCGCUUGCAGUGGAAGGCAUACCUGAUUUUCAUGGUCACCAACUUUCUUUUCGUGCCCACUUUCUACUUUUUCUACCCGGAGACAAGUAACUUCAAGUUGGAGGACAUCGAUCUUGUGUUUUCACAAGGAGGAAAUCCCGUUUCUAUCGCACGCGAGAUGUCAAUGAACAUGAAGCUUCCUGUUCCAAGCGAUAGCGGGGUUUCGGAUGGUACCGGUAAGGAACAGAGCUUCAUGGUGGAACAGGCUUAG